AGGAGCAAGUCACAAUUAUAUUUCAGCUACAAAUUGAAAUCAAAAUCUAUCAUCAUUAGCUUAUUAAUUAAAUAAAAUUAAUAUCAAAAUAAGUUAUUCAAGCUUUUGUUUACCAAAACAUCAGGUUCACAUAGAAGAAUCUGUCAUCAGUCGGGUCAAAAUAAAAAACCCGAAGUUUUUUGUUUUGUUCGGCUAGUUCCCUUCCUAAUUACGCAUCCCCAACAACUGUAGCAACUUGCUUUCUUAAUCCGAAUUCGGAAAAAGGAUUACUUUGCUAUUUUCUGGUGACCACUUGUCUGUUUCUCUUCGACUUAGGCCAAACAAAGAUCCUUCAAGUUUUUACUGAGGUACUCCAUUACAAUCGCCAAGAGAAAAGAGGACAUGUGUGAUCCCCUUGUCUCAACCCCCUAGCAGCAUCAAAAGGUGUAGUUAGUUCUACAUUGAUCAUCAGCGAGUAAGACACGGCAGAGACACAUUCAAUCACCCAUCUGACAAACCUGUUAGGGAAACCAAGGCAGUCCAUCACCUGUUCAAGGACUUUGUUAUGGGUACAGCAUAUCAAAGCCCAUCCGCUGCCACUUUGUGAACUUCACCUGACCGUUUGCCUAGAGCCUCUACUAUUUCACUGGUCGGCCCCAGCACGGUUUAAGAGCCCUAAACAAAUCAGCAGUAAUUUUUUGUUCGAAGUUACAACAAAUGAUGGAGAAAUUCUUGCCGGUUGGAGGCUUUGAUUUUUUUUCCGACAGUGACUCAAUUCUCCUCCUUUCUGGUCCUUCCUCAUCAGGGAAAACCUCUUUAGUUUUCCAAUUCGCAAUUAACUCUGCAACUGCAAAUGGUGAGCGUAAUGUGGUCUUCAUUUGCAACCGUCGUAAAUUGGAGGCUAAACCCCCUUAUCUUCCUCAGGGAAUUGAUCCAUCCUCUGAUGUUAUUCGCCGUAUUCACAUGAAGUAUAUAGACGACGAGGAAGGAAUUAAGAAAUACUUUGCUGCUUUCCAUAUGCAUGAUCCUGCUCCUGCUUCAGUUGUUAUUGAUGAUUUUGCUGACUUUUUUGAUCAAGGAAACUGCCAAGAGAGAUACAAUAAUACUCGAGGAAGGGAUUUGGCGAUGGUUGGGAUAUUAGCUUUAUGUCGUAAUGCCAUUUUGUAUGCUAAUGAAAAGGGGCCAUGUCAGCUUCUACUCUCUGAUACUCAUAAUGGCGACUGCCCAAGGUUGCUAUACCUUUACAAGAGAUGGGUCUCCUCUAUCUACACAAUCAAAGGGGAUGGCUUUGGUUCAUAUCUUAUUAGGAGUUUGGGUGUUGCCAAAUCUGCAAGAACUAAACUUGCAAAAUACUCAAUAGCUCUUCAGUGUUUGGUUUAUGAAGGUAUUACAGAAGAUGAAGAGCAAUCAGAUGAAUGAGUAUUUUCUCUCAUAGAGGUUUAUUAUUAUUGUACACCACACGGGUUUGGUAUGUCUAUCUUCAAAUUUUGGUCAUGUUAGCUCUUACAUUAACUUCUUUGGAGAUCCAAAGAAAAUUAUAUUUCAUUGAGUUUUAUAUGCUGAGCAGUAUCUAUUCAGAAAAUGCUAAUGUCGUCUUUAUUCAGUCUCUGAUAAUAUUACUAGUCUCAGCAUAUAAAGCUCUAUUGGUGAAUGUCAAUAGGGUUUGAGCAAUUUUGGAAGAAGGAUAAAUACUCAUGUUGACGUUCUGUAGCUUGUACGUGCCUUGGAACAAUUGUAGUUUAAAUAUCAAGGGUCACUCAUAUUCACUACUGAGAUUGGGGCCAAACUGAUAGCAGUGAGAGUGCCUACUAAAGUCGUGAACAUCUUAUUCCUCAUCUGAGGACUUCAAAUAUUCUUUCUUGCAAUGGCAGACACUGUAAAGAAGGAAAAAAAGGGAAAAGUAAUCGUUUUUUCAUUUGCUUGCUCA